CACCCAGCAGAUCCAUUUCUCAAAAAAUUACGCAAUUGCAACAUGCCGUCGUGCUAUCAUUGCCGCGCCAACGAUGCUCGCUGUAGAUGUGGGCAAUGCAAGUCAGUGUACUUCUGCAACCGAGAUUGCCAGAUCCAGGCAUGGUCUACGCAUCGACCAGAAUGCAUACCUCCCGCCGUUGCACCAUUGCAUAUACCUACUCCAUCGCCUGUCGAAACACAAUCCCAACCUCUUGUUCCCAGCACACGUCCUUCUCCACACACGUCUCGUGCAUCAGACGACGUUGCAGAAAACAAUGCAGCACAUCGCGAGGACGACUCGGUGGCCAAAGAGCCUUCGAAGAAGAACAAAAAGAAGAAGAAGAAGAAAGCAAAGCGACAAGCCGACUCGUCUGGGUCAUCAUCCCCCGACGAAAGCUGCUGCAGCAGCGUCGCCGUGCAUCCAACUGUGACGUCUCCUUCGAUACAGAUCCCAUGCGCGUCCAAUGUCAAAGGCAUCAAGGACGAUUGGACAGCCCUGGACACUGUUUCACAGAAAUCCAAGAAAAAGAGUGGCAAAGCCACCAACCCGACGACCACCACCUCGAAGCAACGAAACCAGAGUCUUCCUGGAAACAACAGCAAAUCCAAGACGGCGCUGGUGAAAACCAAGUCCAAGUCCAUGUCCGUCAAGAAGGGCGUGUCGUGGGGGACGGUGAGCGCGCGGGAAUUCGCGCGGUGUCCGGGUGGCGGCGGGGCCGUGCCGGACCAGGGCACAUGGGCCCUAGGUCUUGGAAAGGCCAUCCAGGACGUCACGUUUGGUCCUGUGGACGUUGUGGAGAGCCUCAAGGCACACGCAGCGAGCCAACCCCAUCCCAUCCCAUCGCAUUCGAACCAUCACCACCACAAGAAAGAUCGACCUGUGCCAACCGACCGCCUGCAUCGCUUGAACGAACGAGAGCGAAAAGAAGUGCUCAUGCAGGCGGAAAACAGCCAGCUGCUUUCCCCCCACGACCCCAGCCCCAGCCCGCCCAAGCACGAACCCCACCGUCGGCAGCGCCGUUCGUGUGCGUAUUCACACAUGUCAACCUGUCGACUGUGUCUUUUGAAUAUGACAUCUAUAGAGUCCUUGUCUUCCACAUCAUCCACAUGAUGGCCUUUUCUCCUAAUGACGUUGCUUGUAGCGUCGGACGACUGCGACGCGCACGUGUUUGCAAGUCUGUGCCUGGAGCAAGCCACGGAAUUCGCCCUCAUCCGGUCGUCCCGCGAUGACUUGUGCGGGUGUUCGUGCGGCGACUUGGUGAAAAAGGUGUCGAAAAUGCACAUCAAGAAGCUCGUGGCGUGGCUGCACGACCGCGACGUCGACACGUCGGGUAUGGCCAAGGCGGAGCUGCUGCAAACAGCCAAGACCCUCGCCGCGCAUGAAAAGAAUUGCGCGACCGAGGACUGCGAGUGCGCCCGCAACGGUGUGCCGUGCCACCAGGGCGUGUGUGCGGGCUGCAAGGACUCGUGCCACAACGACCGGUACUCGUACAAACGCGACAGUGUGACGCAGUAUCGUCACGCGCAGUUGGCUCGGUGGAAGCAGACACCCGCCGUGGCCGCCGUGUGUUAAUGUAGUAUGUCUAGAGUAUUAUACUUCGAAGUAAUACUAAUAGUAUUGUCAAAACGAGUAUUCGAA